GUCACAGGAACUCAACAACGUGUGUAUACAACAAAGAUGGCGUCUCCUGGCAAGGCUAAUGUGAAGAGCCCACACGUGGGGAAAAAGAAGAAGCCUCCAGCUCGGUACUGGGAUAAACUACAGCAGGAGGAAGGAAAUAAUGAUGAAAACAAAGAUGGAAAAGAUGGAGGAAAAGCCCAACAUGCUCCACGCCGGACACAGAAAAGAAAACUUGAGGAAACCCGACGAGACAGAAAUAAAUUCAUUUCAGGAAAAUCCGACCCUUUCCCUGGCCCUGCUCCGAUUCCUGAAGAAAGGCUGCAGAAGUUCAAGAGGAAAGAUAAAAUAAAAAAGCCUCGCAAGGGCCAACGCACGUUGAGGGCAACGAUAGCUCACUCUGAACAAACUUGUGAGAUGGCCAAGAAACAAGCCGCUCGCUUUGACCUCCUUCUCCCUGAGGACGCAGGGUUUCUAGAAGGGGACAAAGACGAGGACACAUGCACUAUCUCUCAGGAUGAUAUUGCGGAUGCUGUGGAUAUAACAUCUGGAGCAAAGUAUUUUAACCUGAAGCUGUCUCAAUUUGGACCAUAUCGACUGGAUUAUAACAAAACUGGACGUCAUCUUUUGCUUGGUGGGAGGAGAGGUCAUGUUGCCUGCAUAGACUGGCAGUCCAAACAGCUGAUGUGUGAAAUUAAUGUGAUGGAGUCCAUCAGUGACGUAAAGUGGCUCCACAGUGAGGAAAUGUAUGCAGUGGCUCAGAAGAAGUGGCUCUAUAUUUAUGACUCUAAGGGAAUAGAGCUUCACUGCAUCCGCAAAUUCAACGAUGUCCUGCGUAUGCAGUUCCUUCCCUACCACUUUUUGCUAGCCACAGCGAGUUCUACAAGUUUCCUGCAGUACUUGGACGUGUCUGUGGGUAAAGAGGUGGCAGCCUAUUGCACCAAGACCGGUCGGCUGGACGUGAUGUGCCAGAACCCUCAUAAUGCCGUCAUCCACCUUGGACACUCCAACGGCACCGUCACCCUGUGGUCACCAAACCAAAAGGAAGCCCUCGUCAAGAUGCUCUGUCACCAGGGCGGUGUUCGCUCAGUCACAGUCGACAAGACCGGCACAUACAUGGUUACGUCUGGAAUGGAUAAAAAGCUGAAGGUUUAUGACAUUAGAGCCUUCAAGCCGCUCAAGUCCUACUUCCUCCCCGCUGGAGCUUCCUGUUUGUCACUGAGCCACAGAGGGCUUCUGUCUGCAGCUACAGGAGAUAUUGUGCAGGUGUACAGGGACGUGUGGAGCUGUCCAGUGACCAAACCCUACAUGGCCCACAGAGUGCGAGGAACAGCGUGGGGGCUGCAGUUCUGUCCCUUUGAGGACGUCCUCGGUGUGGGACAUGGAGACGGUUUCACCAGCAUGCUCGUCCCAGGUGCUGGUGAACCUAACUUUGACGGUUUGGAUGCAAAUCCGUACCGCAGUGUGAAGCAGAAGCGGGAAUGGGAGGUCAAAGCUCUACUGGAGAAGAUUCAGCCCGAACUCAUCACCCUGGAUCCAAGUGAACUGGGAAAAGUCGACUACGCCACCUUUGAACAACGGCACCAAGAUCGAGUCAAAGCCCUGGGCUUUGACCCACUCGCCAAAGAAAAGUUUGUGCCCAAGCACAAGAAAAAAGGACGUAGUUCUGCUGGCAAUAUUGAAAAGCGCAAGAAGCAAGUGGCUCAUGAAGACCAGAGGGAUAUAAUCAAGCAAAGUGUGGAGGACAAACUGCGAAAAAAGGACACUGGGAAGGAGGCGGCGUCGUCAUUAUCUGGGCAGAAAUCUGCUCUGGACAGAUUUAAAAAAUAGAAAAGAUGGAGCCUUUGUGUCUUUGAGGCCAGUGACCUUUUGUGGGAGUGACCUUUUUGAACUUCACAUUCAUGGCUCAUUUUAUGGCCACCCUGCAGGAACAAAACACUGACUGUCCAUGACAUUGAUAAGUAACAAGGACAUUCUGAUAGUGACCGUACAUCUGUAAUCAGUGCAGUGGGAUAACAGCUCAAUAUAACACACGUAGCCUGGAGCACUUCCUGUCUGCAUGGCCCGAUAAUGUCAGUUUCUGUCACUGGCAUGGGCGAAACUGAUGGAGAAUAGUUUGUCAAAUGUUUUAUAUGAGUGUGUCCUAGAAAAAUAAAUAACGUGAAGAAAAUUCUCUGAA